AUGGAUCACGAUUACUGUAAUGUUCCCGAGCCAUCAUCACUAGACCUGGCAUGUGCUAAAAUUGAAGAGCUCUCCCAAGAAGUGGAAGAGCUGAAUAAACAGCUAAAUGAGCUACGCAUUCAGCGUGAUUGGAGCGAAAGAAAAAAGUUCAUUUGUAACUCUGAUGCUCUGUGUUCCUGUCACCUGCAGGUGCCUUUGUCUGUGUGCAGUGAGAGCUGUCCUCCAGGUACUAGGAAGGCUGUGCAAAAAGGAAGACCUGUCUGCUGUUAUGACUGCAUUAACUGUGCAAAUGGAGAAAUCAGCAAUGAGACAGAUUCUUUAGAUUGUCAUAAAUGCCUACCUGAGUACUGGCCCAAUAAUAAGAAGGACAAGUGUCUUCCUAAACCAGUGGAGUUUCUCUCCUGGGAUGAAAUCCUUGGGAUUAUCCUGGCUGCUUUUUCUAUUGCAGGCUCUUUAGUGGCUUUGAGCAUGGCUUUAGUGUUCUACAAAAACAGAGCCUCUCCAAUAGUAAGAGCCAACAACUCAGAGCUGAGCUUUCUGCUGCUCUUUUCACUGACUCUAUGUUUCCUCUGUUCACUUACUUUCAUUGGUCGGCCCACUGAGUGGUCCUGUAUGUUACGUCACACAGCAUUUGGAAUCACUUUUGUCCUCUGUAUCUCAUGUGUUCUGUUGAAAACAAUAGUGGUGUUAAUGGCUUUCAGGGCUACACUUCCAGGAAGUAAUGUCAUGAAAUGGUUUGGGCCUCAUCAACAGAGACUCAGUGUUUUUGGUUUCACUUUUGUACAGGUUCUCAUAUGUGUGCUUUGGUUAACAACAUCCCCACCAUUUCCUUACAAUAAUAUGCAAAUCUACAAAGAAAAGAUAAUUCUUGAAUGCAGUUUAGGAUCAGCUAUUGGUUUCUGGGCUGUACUGGGUUAUAUUGGCCUCCUAGCUUUCCUUUGCUUUGUUUUAGCUUUUCUUGCCCGAAAACUGCCUGAUAAUUUCAAUGAGGCUAAAUUCAUCACAUUCAGCAUGCUCAUAUUCUGUGCUGUAUGGAUCACAUUUGUUCCAGCUUAUGUCAGCUCUCCAGGGAAAUUUACUGUAGCUGUAGAGAUAUUUGCCAUUUUAGCUUCAAGCUUUGGUCUGAUUCUCUGUAUUUUUGUGCCUAAGUGCUUCAUUAUUGUAUUUAGACCAGAGAAGAAUACCAAAAAACACCUAAUGGGUAAAGUACCAUCAAAAGCUCUCUGAGUCACACAGUGCAAUCACCGCAUCAGUGCAUACUAAAAAAUAUUGCAAAUUAUAUAUUCUGUGAUUUUUAAUGCAUCAGCUGUUAUACUUCUUUGCAAACAUGAAAUGUAUGAAAAUGUGCAAAUAUGAAGAUGGAAACAUAUAUAAUGAAAUCAUAAGUAUGUUAAUUUAUAUAUAUAUAUAUAUAUAUAUAUUUCUUUUUUUUGUAAAUUCUCUUUACAAUUAUGUUUGCAUAUGUCAGCUUGCAUACUUUUGAUAAAAUAAAAGACAAUAAAAA